AUGGAUCCCUCAGGGACCUACGCAAACUGCCAGAUAUCUCGCACGAGAUCCUUCCACCACGAGUGCCAAGAUGGCGUCGUCCAGACGGGGAAAGACCAACUCGAGUCCAGCUUCUCAGCAGUCAACAGCCACGGAUGGAGACGGGUGGUACUGAACUUCACACCCUCGUGGUUCGCGGCGACCAUGGGUACGGGGAUCGCGUCCAUCUUGCUCCACAACCUCCCUUACAACGGCGACUGGCUCUACUGGUUGUCCGUUGUCGUCUUCUGUCUCAACGUCGCCCUUUUCUGCACCUUCCUUUUCAUCUCGGUCCUUCGCUACACGCUGUUCCCGGGCCUGUUCAUGGCCAUGAUCAGACACCCCGUGCAGUCCCUCUUCGUGGGGACGUUCCCCAUGGGUCUCGCCACGAUCGUCAACAUGAUUGUAUUCGUGUGCGUGCCCGCGUGGGGGGAGUGGGCGACGACACUGGCAUGGACCCUGUGGUGGAUCGACGUCGUCAUCUCCGUCGCGUCGUGCAUGUGGCUUCCGUUCGUCAUCAUGCACAUCCACGAGAGCGAACUGUCCAAAAUGACGGCGGUGUGGCUGUUGCCGAUCGUGGCGACCAUCGUGGCGGCUGCUUCGGGCGGCAUCGUCGCGGAGGUCCUCCCGAACCCGCAGCACCAGGUCUGGACGAUCGUCACGUCCUACGUCCUCUGGGGCACCGGGUUCCCCCUCGCCAUGGUCGUGCUGGUCAUGUACUUCCACCGCUUGACCAUCCACCGGUUGCCACCCAGGGAGGUCAUCGUGUCGGUCUUCCUGCCGCUCGGGCCGCUGGGCCAAGGCAGUUUCGGGCUGAUGCAGCUUGGCAAGGUGUGCGCGGCCGUGUUUCCAAAGACGGAAAACCUCGGCGGCCCCGAGGGCGGCAGAGUCAUUUACAGCGCCAGCAUCGUCUGUGCCUUGGUCAUCUGGGGCUACGGAUGUGUGUGGCUGUUCUUCGCCCUGGCCAGCAUCACGCGGAGCAAGUUCCCCUUCAACAUGGGCUGGUGGGGGUUCACCUUCCCCAUCGGCGUCUUCGCCGUCUCGACAUGUACUCUCGCGAAGGAGAUUCCGAGUCUCUUCUUCAAGGUCCUCGGCACAAUCUUCUCGAUCGCUGUGGUCUUGCUGUGGCUGGUGGUGGCGACGGUGACAUGCAAAAGUGCUAUCGCUGGCACCAUCUUCUUUGCGCCGUGCGUACAACAGUACGAGCAGGAGAUUGUGCGAGAGCGGAAGCGAAAAGGUAAAGAGAGCGGAAGGCCGUGGUACAAGAUCAGAAGUGUGAACAAAGAUCAGGAAAAUGAAGAGAGUAAAGAUGCAAAGGAAGAAGUAUGA